CUAAAAGCAAUCAAAAUGAAGCAACUUCUUCAAGUUAUCAAUUUAUUCCUACUGCUCGUCCUGGUAACGAGCCAAAAGGAAGACGAGCCCAAAAAAUGUCCACCUGGCCAGGAGCUGUUAGGUAAGAGUUGCGUAAAAUUUCGCAUUCUUGUAUCUGGUAACAAGGAGUCUUUGACCAAGGUAAAUGGAGAAAAUAAGCAUGUCUGCUUAGAGGGUUUCAUUUGGCUAGAAAGUAAAAACGCUUGCGCAAACAAACCUAGAGUUUGUACAGAUGAGCUCUGUAAAUCGAAUACAAGCUCCGCAGUUCCAAAGGAAUGUCCACCGACCCGCCGGUGGAACAAAGAGCUCCAAAAGUGUGUACCCAAGAAAUUAGUAACGGCCUUUGGGAACACAACUGCAAAAGCGAAUGCCAAUAAAACAACAUCAGGGACCAAAAAGAAAGAAGUAGUGGCACGUGCACGUCAUGUGGGCCAGUUGCUGGAGCAACCGAUAGUUACUAAUAUGUGAAAAAUAUAUUUUGUAUCAAGCACGAAUUAAACUAUAAAAUAGGGUAUAAUAAAAAGUUAACUGCAAUACCGAA